GAGCUGUAGAGUCACUUUUCAGGAAGUGAAAGUAAAGUGAGUCUGAGACAUUCAACUGAAUCCAGCAGAUUUCUCUCAACAACAACAACAACAACAGAGUCUCUGACAAACACUGACUGUAGACAUGUCUGCUGCCAGCUGGCAGCUGAUUGAGGAUCAGUUUCUGUGCUCCAUCUGUCUGGAUGUGUUCACUGAUCCAGUCACCAUACCAUGUGGACACAACUUCUGUAAAGCCUGCAUCACUCAACACUGGAACAUCAAUGUCCCCUAUCACUGUCCCAACUGUAAGAAGUCUUUCUCCACCAGACCUGAGCUGCAGGUCAACACCUUCAUCUCUGAGAUGGUUGCUCAGUUCAGACAGUCAGCUCAACAGAAAGCCAGCAGCAGCAGCUCAGAGCAACAAGCUGCCAAACCAGGAGAAGUUCCCUGUGACGGCUGCACUGGAACCAAACUGAAGGCCCUGAAGUCCUGCCAGGUGUGUCUGGAGUCCUACUGUGAGACUCACCUGGAGCCUCAUCUGACAAGACCAGGUCUGAAGAGACAUCAGCUGAUCGACCCCGUGGAGAACCUGGAAGGCAGGAUGUGUACGAAGCACGACAAACUGCUGGAGCUGUUCUGUAAGACCGACCAGAUGUGUGUCUGCAUGCUCUGCACUUAUUCAGACCACAAGAACCAUGAUGUUGUUUCUCUGGAAGAAGAAUAUGAAGGUAAGAAGGCCGAGAUGGAGAAGACUGAGGCUAAAACCCAGCAGAUGAUCCAGAAGAGACAACUGAAGAUUCAGGAGAUCAAACUCUCGGUGGAGCUCAGUGAGGAAGAUGCAGACAGAGAGAUAGCAGGUGGUGUUCAGGUCUUCACCGCUCUGAAGGAGUCUGUUGAGAGAAGCCAGGCCGAGCUCAUCGACACGAUCAAAGAGAAGCAGAGAAAGACAGAGAAACAGGCUGAAGGCUUCAUCAAAGAGCUGGAACAGGAAAUCUGUGAGCUGAAGAAGAGAAGCACUGAGGUGGAGCAGCUGUCACGCUAUGAAGACCACCUCCACCUCCUCCAGAGCCUCAGGACCCUGAAGGCUGCUCCACCCACCAAGAACUGGGCUGGAGUCAGAGUCAGUCCACCUUCAUAUGAGGGGACUGUGAUGAGAGCUGUGAACCAGCUGGAGGAGACGCUCAGUAAACAGAUGAAGAAGCUGUUUGAGGUCGAGCUGAAGAGGAUCCAGCAGUCUGCAGUGGAUCUGACACUUGAUCCUGAUUCAGCACAUCCCAACCUCAUCCUGUCUGAUGAUGGAAAACAAGUUAAACUUGGUGAUGUAAAGAAGAAUCUUCCAGACAAUCCACAGAGAUUUGAUUAUUGUGGUAUUGUCUUAGCAAAGCAGAGUUUCUCUUCAGGAAGAUUUUACUACGAGGUUCAGGUUAAAGGAAAGACUGAGUGGACUUUAGGAGUGAUGAGAGAGUCCAUCAACAGGAAGGGAUUAAUCACAGCGUCUCCUCAGAAAGGUUUCUGGAUGAUAUGGUUGAGGAAUGAGAAUGAGUACUCAGCUCGUGCUGACCCUCCAGUCCGUCUCUCUCUGAAGUCUCGGCCUCAGAAGGUGGGGGUGUUGGUGGAUUAUGAGGAGGGUCUGGUCUCCUUUUAUGACGUUGAUGCUGCAGCUCUUAUCUACUCCUUUACUGGCUGCUGCUUCACUGAGAAACUCUUCCCAUACUUUAGUCCAUGUCUUAAUGAUGGUGGUAAAAACUCUGCUCCUCUGAUCAUCUCUCCUGUCAAUCACACUGAGUAGAACAACCACUGGAUUUAAUAAGGAGAGAAUCUAACAAAUCUAUACUUUUUGUGAUUGACGGUGGAAACAUUAUACACUGGUUGAUAUCAUCUAAUGUAGUCUAAUUAUCUUUAAUAACUGCAUAACCUGCAUUCAACACUGUUGAAUACUCAAAAACAAUGUACUCAGGAAUAAAUAGCAUUUGCGCAUCAAUUUAAAAAUCUGGGUGCCAAAUUUAAAUGUUGUAUUACCUAAUUAUUGUAUACAUCAUAUGUUUUUAAUACUGGCACAAAUUAUUGUAUAAAGUCAUGUACCACUUAUUUUUUAGUAAAGUGUUUAAGGGUUUUAGUUUUCAUAAUUUUCAAAUAAAUGGAGGAAUCAAGUUA